CUACACGGUGCACAUGCAGAGAAACCCAUAUCGUAAGGGGGCACCGGAGCAACUAGCUUGUUUUUUUUUCUCACAUGUCCGCCCUCUUCUUCCUCGCGCAUGUAUUUCUUUCUCCUCAUGCAGCACUAAGCGAGUGUUUGAUGCUCUUUUCCCCAUGAAGACUGCAAAGUGCAACAAGCUGGAGGGACGAGAUGUCCGAGGAGGGCUACUGGCUGACGACAACAACAACAACAACAACACGGCUCGCUGAUGUCCACUUAUCAUCGCGGCGACCUCCUCUUGUUUAAACUACCGGGCUACGCCUCGUCAUCCGCCCUACUCCGGUUCGCUCCGGGACUCCCGUGAUGGCAGAGGAGGACCCCCAGCAGCUGCACAUGGAGCGCGGGGCGGGCAGCUUGCCCGGGCUGCUGGCUGGGCUGCAGGGCGCUGAGGCCGGGGCUCUGCAGCUCAGGAUCAAGAACUCCAUCUGCAAAUCUGUUCAAUCCAAAGUGGAAAGCAUUCUGCAAGAUGUUGAAAAGUUCACAGACAUUGAAAAACUCUACCUCUACCUUAAGUUGCCUUCUGGUCCCAGCAGUAGUGGUGAUAAAAGUGACCAGAGCGCCGUGUCAUCAAGCCGCACGCAACAGAUGCAUGCCUUCAACUGGAUCCGCAAUCACUUAGAAGAAUAUCCAGAGACCUCGCUCCCUAAACAAGAGGUCUAUGAUGAAUACAAGAGCUUCUGUGACAAUCUCAACUAUCAUCCACUGAGUGCUGCAGACUUUGGAAAAAUGAUGAAAAAUGUCUUCCCAAACAUGAAAGCACGUCGACUUGGCAUGAGAGGAAAAUCCAAAUAUUGCUAUAGUGGACUAAGGAAGAGGCCCUUUGUUCAAAUUCCAUCUUUACCAAGCCUAGAUCUACACAAAACUGGAGACGGAUUUCAGUGUGAUGGUCUGGAUCCAACAGGCCACCUAGGCAGCAUAAAGGAAGAGGUGCGCUUUGCUGCUUGCGAUCUGGUAUGCGAGUGGGCUCAGAAAGUGCUAAAACGGCCCUUUGAGGCGGUGGAAGACUUGGCUCGCUUCCUGAUCGACAGCCACUACAUCAGCAACAAGUCUCUGGCAGCUCUCACCAUAAUGACGGGCACUGCAACAGAGGUUAAGCCCCUAGAGACGGUCUCAGCGUUUGUUCCCACCGCCGAUGUGCACUGCUAUCAACCUCAAACUGCAAGUCUGUCGUCUCCGACUGUGGAUGCCAAGCAGCAGCUCCAGAGGAAGAUCCAGAGGAAGCAACAAGAGCAAAAGCUGCACUCGCCACUACCUGGAGAGGGCCUGAUCAAGACAGUGGAUGACAGCAACGGGCCUUGUGAUAGUCCGGUCUCACCUUCACCUCAGCCAACCAUCGGCAUUGUGGUCACGGCUGUUCCGAGACCUGUCACGGCACAGCAAAGCGGCCAGCUUGUGUCCCCCAAUCCCUUGGGAACAGGGGAAAACAAAGUGCUGCCUAUAAACUUCCAAGUGGUGACCCAGCCAGUUCAGCCACUAAAACAACCCGCCAAGGCCCCCCAAAAUAUUCUAGCAAGUUCAGUUGGGGAACGCACGGCUCGCCAACGCUAUCCUCAAAUCCUACCCAAGCCAGCGACUACCACUGCUAUUGCUUUGUGCUCACCCUCCACCAUGAUCAUUGCCAACAACCCCAUCAAGACCGUGAUGACUACGUGUCAUGUUACACCUGUCAGUCUGGUCAAGAUGACAGCCAUAUCACUUGCACCAAAUGCAACCACUUCCCUCACAAACACCACUUUGAGACCGGCAUCUGCAGGCAUCAGCAGCAGUUCUGUGUCAGAGGACAUCCAGGGCUCCCGACAAAACACAAGAAGUACCUCUGCUCUCCCCCUUCUUGCCCCAGCGACGAGACCCGAGCUGGCUGAUACUCAUAACAUUGAUGUUGAAAUGGAGAUUGAGGAUAUACAUAAGAAUAGUCAAAACCAAAAUCCUAGCAGUCUAAUGUUAGGUCAUGGAGCAAUGGCACAGAGAGCUGCUAGUGUGCCGAUACCUCACACUAAAGGCUUAGCUCUGGAGGAAAUAUCCAUCUCUGAAUACGAUGCAAACCUCCCCUUGAGCACCAGCACUGCGGCGACCAUUGAAGCAAGCAUCAAUUACAACACAACUAAUACAAGCACCCUGAAUUUGGCUCCCUCCUCUCAGAACACCCGAGCCAUUUCUGCAUUAAACACCAGCAGAGCACCUUCUUUUGGAGAAGGUAGCUGUGUAACCAAGGGCUUUCGGAAGCGCUCGGGCCUCAGUCCUGUCCUCUCUCCUGUCAAGAGAGCUUUUAUGCCCCAGCACCCAGAAGAGGGCGCCGCAGGCCUUGGAUAUGAGAACAGAAACAUCCUGCGCCCAGGAGCUCCAUCUCGGCCUGAGAGCGCACCAGUCACCCGGGAGAUGGAGAAGAAAAUGACCUCUUUCCUGCCCAGUCAAGUCCAUACACUUGGCAAUGCCAGCAGCUUCUUCACUAUUGCCAAAACACAGAGCUCAAUGCAGAGGAAAAACAUUUCCAAUGUUAUGGAAACUCACAGUGUCAGUCACCCAUUAAUGCAGCAACCACAGGAGCACCUGAUGUCCGACGUGCAUUCCAUACCUACCAACCCUGGCGUUCAAACUCCUACAGCUUCAAACUCAGCUGCAGGUGUUCAACCACAGACCUACCAUCAGAGCAACACGGUUUCUGGACCCCUUGAUUUUUUAGAACAACCUUCGACGUCAAGUCAGCUGCAGAUGCAGACAGAUAUGGAAUACUUCACCUUUGAUGAUGAUGUAACUCAAGACAGCAUUGUAGAAGAGCUAGUGCAGAUGGAAGAGCAGAUGAAACUUAAUAAUCUGCAAGCGUUUGGAAAUGGUGUCUCGCUGCAAGGUCAGGAGACUGUGGUGCCACAGAACAUGAUGUCCACCAAUCAGACAAUGAACACUUUUUACCACGCUGCAAACAGCAGUGGCAUCAGCAAUCUAGUUCAAACACCAACGCCUACACCCACAUCAGAAAUGACCGGAGGAGUCCAAGGCUUUACCAGAGAGAGCCCGUGCUCGCGUGUCACUCCCAUAACACCAGUCGACAGUGCCCUUGGAAGCAGUCGGCAUACUCCGGUUGGUACUCCGCUGUCCAACUGCAGCAGCACUGUGCCACCCAGCCCUGUGGAGUGCAGGAAUCCCUUUGCAUUCACACCAAUCAACUCUAGCAUAACUUGUUUCCAUGAUGGCAGCACCGUCUCCAACAGCCCCGUCAAGCCCAUGCAGAGGCCGACAGCCACCCACCCAGAUAAGACCAGACUGGACUGGAUGAGUAAUAGUUACAACAGUAACAGUGGGAGUUUAAAUAAGUCUAACAGCACCAUGGGAAUUAUGCCCAGCUAUCAGGGCCUCAUGGAUGACCACUUUCAAAAGCCUCAUGCCUUUGCCGUGCCUCAUGCAAGGCACCAUGACAGCCGCUUUGGUCGACUGACUCCCAUUUCUCCUGUGCAGCAGCAAGUAGCCAACAUGGCUAACAAGCAGGAGGGUUUCGCCGUACCUGCUCCUCUUGAUAUCAAAGCACCCAACCUAACUGUCACGAGCGGAUCUUUUCGAUGUCGCAGCGUUAGCCCCGCAAUACAUCAAAGGAAUUUGGUCGGCUACACAGGAACAAGUGGUCUUCCCAAUAUCCACCAGCAGUGUAUCUCUCCGUUUAACUCUCCGGUAACACCUGAGGUGUUAAACACCUUAGCCAACAACCAGCUUAAUGUGAGCAGCGUGGCUCAGAGGAGUCGCUCUGUUCCCCUCAACAUCAUGAUGCAGACGGAGGUUCUACCAAUGGCGGGCCAGCAAUGCAGCAACAAAAAUAUCACAGAUGUCCUGCUAAACAAGCUAGACGGGGACCAUGAUACCAUACGAGGUCUGGGCAUGAACAAUUUGCCUUCAAGCUAUACAGCUCGUAUGAAUCUCUCUCAGAUCCUCGAGUCUGAGAACAUGAUCCCAUCCGAUUCCACCAUCGCUUGCGCAUCGCUACAGUCGAAUCACAUCAUUGAAAAUGCCAGUAAUGGUGAAAUUAUUCUAUCUGCAAGUAACAGCCGAGCACAAUCAGCCUUAGCGGAGCAGCAUCAACAGCAGGCUCAGUCGAUGCUGCAAACUUUGAGUUCACAGCGACAGCAAGUGAAUUUUAGCGGCACCUUUAAGGACAUGCAUACAGAUAGCAGCCAUACAUCCGGCAAUCAGAUGUCGGAGCUAGCCACAGGGAGGGCAAAUUUCCCAUGUGACAUCAGAAUGAGAUCGGACCUCUCCGAUAGCAUCAAUGACCUUAAUACACUGGAUUCAAACCUUAUGUUUGACUCCAAUCAUCAGCAAGGCCAGUAUCAAUGUUCUGCUCCAGAGGAGCUGGCCAAUGAACCACUGUUUCAGCAAAUCACCAGCGAGACCACUCAUUCAAGCGGACUGGAGUGGCUUGAGAGCAAAGAUCACCCAACUGUUGGGUUGAUGGGUUGAGAGUAAAGCCUUUUUUUUUUAAUCAUGUUGAACAUGUUAAUCGAUGGUGUGUACGUGAUACAUUUGAACUUUUUAAAGCGACUCCGGACACAAUGACUUUUGUCCAGUUUAAGUGCCAACCUGACCUAAAAUGAUGCUGCAACACUCUGAUCCAAAUGCUGGUCAUUUCUCUUAUCAGACAACAUCACCAUAUAAUGUUGGUGUAAAAGCAUUGGCAAAAAUGAUCUUCCCAUUUUUUUAUCGUCUCGCUUUUAGAUCAUUUUUAUACACCCCGCCUAAAAAAAAUUCAAUCAAAAAGGUUUUGUAUUUUCUGUAAAUAGUUUGAAAAUGAAUGAAACACAUUUAUACGUUUUCAUAGUUCUGUGUCUGAACUACAAUAAUGACAAGCAUUAUACAGUCAAGUUAUUAAUAAUGUGGAUUCCCUACACUCAAACAAAGCAUGCUUAAAAGUGAUGUAAGACACCAGGGCACUUUGUACAGAAUAUCCAGUAAAUAAUCAUUAGUAUGUGUAUGUAGAAAGGUUAGCAUGAUGUAUUUACUCUUUCUACAAUCUUACAUAAAGCCACUUAACAGACGGAGUAUAUGCAGCAUACCUACUAAUCAGAAACAUAACUAGAUUAAAUGUUUAAGGGGUUUAUCUAUUAUUAAUUUACACAUACACACUAAUAUAUUAAUUUUGUUAACCUGUUUUCUGAUGAAAUAUUAAUUAAUUCACACAAAAUUUAAGAGUUGGUGGAUAUUAUACAGGCCAUAUACAAAUCAGUAUUAAAAUUGAAGCCCUAAUGCACUUUCAAAUUGAAUUAUAUAAGUAAAGAUUUAUAGUGGGGGGGGGAAGUAGCCAUCUUUCAACAUGUUAUAUGCAUUUGUCAUACAGCACAGACAAUCUGUAAUAUUGUGUGCUUCUCCUACAAAAAUGCACUGUGAAUUUCCUGUGAGAAUCCUGAACAAAAAAGAAGGCCUUAUGUCCAUACCAAAGAUUCAUUUCAAAAUGUAAAACUGCACUAACAUCUCCUGUAUUGAAUGGCGGACAUAUUGACGAGUUUUGAAGGGCUUUAACCAACAAUGUUGUAUAAAGAAAACUAUGGGGAAAAACAGCACUGGAAAAGCUGGAAAACUAGCUUUUGAAAUGAACAGGAGUUAUUACGUUACUCAUUUAUUUAUGAUUUCUCCUCGUGCGUGAUUGGUUAAGCGUGUUGUAAUGUUGGUCACUUUAUAUUUAUUGUACAGUUCGAAGUUUGUGUUAUUUUACUGCUCAUGGUUUGCUGUCUUUGUCUGUACAGAAAAUGUCACCUUAAAAAAAGGUGUUGUCUUGCACUGUUGUAUUGGUUUCAAAUAUCCAGCAAAGUAGUACGCCAUAUUAGCACCUAUUGUACUAUUUUUGGAUUCUUGUUAUUUUGCAGUUACUGUAUGUUAGGAUAUUGUGAUGGCACCAUGCAGUAGACUAGUAAGGUUCUUUAAAAUCCUGUAAAAGCAUAUUGUCACUGUAGUUUUAAACCCCAUUUGGAGUAUCAUUAUUAAUAGCCGUUAGUUAUACAUUCUCCCUUUUGUUCUGUUAAUCUUUACUAUGUAUCUGUAAGAAUAUUUAAUUUGGUUUGCACUGAUAUUUAUUAUGUUACUGAGACUCUACUGCUCCUCUUCUAAGUGGUUCAGAGCUGUAGAAGUGCCCUCCACUGUACUGGUAGUUUUUGUUUUGCUGUGUUGGGUGAACAUGAAAAUAUUUAAUGUGCUUUUUAAAGGGAAGUGCUUGUUUUUUUAAUGUUUUUUUUUUUUAAUGUUAAUAAAUCCUUUUAAAUACACCCGAAUGGUGGGAAAGUGCAAGGUUGUCUUCAUUCGCAAUACUUUUAAAAGUGCUAUCUCUCCUUAUCCCAACCAUAUAAGAACAAGCUGGACGUGAAGGCGGCGUGUGGACGUACAGCAUGUCCGAAAUUAAUGCAUCUUUACCGGCAAGAGUUCACUGCUUCUGGCUCCAACAACAAUUUGGCUGAUAUUUCACUUUAAUGUUCACAAAA